UUAUCGUCUCCUCUACAUUGCUUGAUAGUCCUGUCCUUGGCACUCUUAGCCAUAGGAUCAGCAGCAAUUUUGGUCACAACGCACCAUUGCAUUGCAGUGUGUUGGUCCAGCCGGCAAAGGCAACAAAGUUUUGUGACUGCAACAGUACUGGAAAAUUCAAGCAGCUUCAACAACAAUUCAGCAGCUCACCUCAUUCCUGCCCAUAAAUAUGAAAAGGGCACGAGCUUGAGAGGCGAAGAUGGCACUUGUGCUGUGUGUUUGUGUGAAUUUGAAGAGGGUGAUGAGCUACGUACCUUACCUGGUUGCAUGCACUCUUUUCAUGUACCAUGCAUUGAUAUGUGGCUCUACUCACACACAAGUUGCCCUAUGUGUCGCUCUGAUGCCACACCAUCACCGUCGCAGAUGAUAUCUCAGAGUGGAUUGGAUUUAGAAUCCGGUGAGGUUGAGGAAGAAGAGUCAGAAACGUUGCAAGAAAUCGUUGUUCAAUCUAGCUAGCUAGCUAGGAGGGUAUGAUGGUGAAAUGUUGUCUUAUUUUUAUUAUCUUUGCUUUAAAGUUCCAAUUUUUAUUAGAUGUCCCCAA